GCAUAUAGUUGGUGUUAAGCUUUAGUGUAUGCUAGUUAUUGUGGUUUGCUGGUGAAGUCCCCAUUGAUAAGAUGGCCUCCCAGGUUUGUCAAAACUAUCACCAGGAUUGUGAAGCUGCUGUCAACAAGCAGAUUAACCUGGAGCUCACUGCCUCCUAUCUCUAUCAGUCUUUGAUGUCGUACUUUGACCAGGAUGAUGUUGCCCUGCACCAUUUCUCCCAGUUCUUCAAAGCUCAGUCCCAGGAGAAGCAGGAACAUGCAGAGAAGCUGCUGAAAUUCCAGAAUCAGCGUGGAGGCAGAGUCUUCCUCCAGGAUGUGAAGAAGCCAGAGAGGGAUGAGUGGGGUAACGGUCUGCAGGCAAUGCAGGUUGCCCUGGAUCUGGAGAAGAAUGUGAACCAGAGUUUGCUGGAUCUACACCAACUCGCCACUGUCCAGACUGACCCUCAUCUGUGUGACUUCCUGGAGACCCACUAUUUGGAUGAGGAGGUUGAGAUCAUCAAGCGACUUGGGGACUACAUCACCAACCUGAAGCGUCUGGGAGCUCCUGAGAAUGGGCUGGGAGAGUACCUGUUUGACCGGCUCUCGCUGGAGGACAGCAGUUAGUGGGGCCUUUGACAGCAAUCUCUUUACCUGCUUCAUUCCAAAGCUGCUCCUGAAUUUAGAAAUGAGUAACAAAGAAAUAGCUGUGUUGGAUCACUUGACAAUAAAGAAAUCUGUUGAUCUUGCCUAUACUUGCUAUUUUGAUCACCUGGUUACUUAAACCUCAAGCUUGACUUGGUCAAAUGAUUCAGUGACUUAUCUGAGUGAUCACACUGGAUUCUCUUUUGAUUGAGGGUGAACAAGUUGUUAUGCCUUUUUAGAAAGUGCUGACUUGAUGGGAAUAAGGUUUAUGGUACUGCAGUCUUGAUAGUGAAAUCCCCUGAAAGGUGUGUAGGGGGAAUUAAAUUACAACUUACAUCCCAUGAAAAGGGGCUUCACUUUGAUUUACUGUUGUGUACUGAGAUAGUGAAAAGCUUGCUGCUGUACAAGCAGAUCAUAGUAACCAAGGAAAGAUCCAAAAGACUUAACAUAAGACUAUAGUGCACAGACACAAUUAGCAUUGUUUGGCCUCUGCUCAGCAUCUGACUGUUAUCUGAGGAAUGCUUUUUGGUAAAAGGCAGAAAGAUACCAUCUGUUCCUGGUCUGUAACUACAUUCCAAUCCUACAUUUGAUACCUGACUUAUCUCACCCAGCUCACUGGGAGCAAGUCCCAAACAGUUUGAAACAGACUUCUUAACUGCUGAAUAGUGUGUAUUACUCUUACCACUACCCUAAAUUGAGCAUGUUCUACUGUUGAAUUCACUUUCACUGUGGUAUCAGGCAAUUUGUGACCCCUCUUGCAAUGUGUGGGCUUUAAAAACCUCCUAAGGAGAUGGUCUG